AUGAAUACCAAAUGAGGUGAGAAGUAACAAGGAAGAGAGCAGUCCUUUUGCUACAAGUAAUAAUCUGACAAUAUCAAGAACAGUCGCAUAAUGGUAGCCGCAAUGUUGCUGUUCUCAUUCCUUAUUGAAGUUGCAGUAGUUGCAGCUGCAAGUCCAAGCCCAUCUCCAAUUGAUGAUGAAGAGGGACUGAAUACUUUAGAAUUGGUUGGCAUUAUAGUUGGAAGUAUAGUGGGGCUACUCCUGAUAAUAGUACUGGUGGCAUUACUGAUACUCAUACUAUGCUGCUUGUGCAGAAAGAUGAAGAGACAUAGUCGCCAGACACUUAAUGAUGAUGAAGCGGAUCGGCUACCUUUAAAAGAGAAUGAGCAUACCAUGACUGUAGUAAUGAAUCCACAUUCAAUGUCCCGCGGUGGAGGGACUGGAGGCAGUACUGGUGGUGAUGAUGAUAAAGAUGACGACGAUAAUAAAUCACAAAGUUCUGAAGGUUCUGUUCAAAGUGUUAAACUGAAAUUUACAGUUCAAGAAGGUGCAGAAGGUGCUAGCAGCAGCAGCAGCAGUGAUAGUGACAGUGAUUAAUUUCAGACUGACCAAGUACUUUUAAGAUUUUAUUAUUUUGCUUUGAUUUUUUAACAUCCCUGACGAACCAAGUUAUUAAAUUUA